GGUGCAGCUGUGGGCAUUUGCGUUCUAGACGAGGCAAGUUGUACCAGCUCCCUGCAACUGUCUGGAUGCAAGAAAUUGCAGCCCUGUCUGGCACCGGGACCUCCCAAUCCCUGCAUGUACGAUCUCAGCGCCUGUCGAGACGUUCAGCCUGGGAGCUUCUGCCGGCUCUUUUGCAAGGCGCCCUAUACCGGUGGCGCGCCCAAGCUCAUUUGUCCUGCAGGCAAUACGGAUCCCAACUACAUUAUGAAAUGGGUGGAACCUUACUGCUUCUGCUCAAAUCCAGAACAGGUGCCACUGGGCUACAGCGACGAUGGCCAAGGGGGCUUUCGUUGCUCCCCUGGCUUCGUCGGAGCCCCUCAAUUGCGCUGCCAAGCGGCACGCUUUGAGUGCCUGCAGAAGUCGGAGAUCUAUGGAUGCGUCAACCCGGAUGUUUGUCAUCUCCUGCCCUUCUUCGACGACAACGAGAGCCCCGGGGUGAUCACUGGUCAGGUGUCCUUCGGUCCCGCAAUGGUGGCCGGCCGGAUCGACGAGGAGCAAGUGGAAGGCUAUGACGUGUUCUUUGCCGACGAGUGCAACGAGGUCGUUGGCUCGCUGGUGGCAUCGGUGGAUCGGACCUUUCUGCCAGCUGUGGGUGGAUGCUGCGAGGUGAUGCACUACAUGGUACAGCUUCGAGAUGUUUGGAUACCUGACGGUGCGGUGAAGUUGAUGGUGGCCAUACGAGGACUCAACACUGGAAAGGUGGUGAACUUUACGGAUAGCAGCGGCGGCCCGGUCCAGCAGCGCCCGGGCACCAGCACGUCCAUCCGCAAAGCCGCGACUGGUGCGGCGCCGGGCACGGUGCCGUGGCGGACGACGGCAGUGCUGCUGGCGCUACAGUGGCUGAUGGCGAUGGGAAUGUGACCGGAACUGGUGGAGGCGUUCGAUACAUUGAAUUGAGAUAUGUUUGAG